AUGGCAACGCCUAAGGGCAAUACGCCUGACGACUUCUCACAACGCCCGCCAGCUCUAGAGGAACCCGUGAUUAUUAGCAUGCUUAGCAGACCUAGAUCCAGCAAGAGAACGCAAUGCCAGAUGUUGUCACGGAGAUUCGAUCUAGCCCAUAUCAGCAUUGGAGAUGUGCUGCGGCUGGAGAUCAAUUGCCCUAGCAGUCAGUAUGCAAAUAUCAUCCGCGAGAACAUGAUUGCUGGCAGAGUCGGCCCAAAGGAAAUCACCAUCUCGAUCGGAAUGCGCGCUUUUAUUCUUGACGCUUCCGAAGCCGAAAUAGAGUCCAUAAUGUCAACUCGGACCGGGAACCGGGCGCGGUGGGGCUCGACCUAG